UUAGUAAAAAUGGGGUGCAUAUAGAAUUACACUUUUUGAUUAAUACGUGACUUUAUUUGCCCCUUUUAUCAAUUUAAAGUGAAAUUGAGGUCGGUAGUAUUUGAGGAACUCAAGUCUCAUUUGUUAAGUUCUGUUCUUAUUCUAGACUCCCAAGUCAUUAGAAGGGACAAUAUUGGAUCUUCGAUCAAAACUCUAUGGGCCUAGAGGAUCUGAGUCACUGACGUCGAUGGAAUAUCUUCCCCUUCACCGCUGCAAAGUUCACAAAUGGCAAGCCUUCAUCCACAGAGCCCAUGCCUUCAUUCACACUGCAGCUUUAUUAUCCAUCUUUUACUACAGGCUCUCUUCCCCCUUUUUACCUGCUGCUUUACCCUGGCUUCUGGUAUCUGUUUCCGAGAUAUUUUUAUCCUUUCUCUGGCUCUCCAGCGCUGCCUUCACAUGGCGGCCGGUCACCCGGACCGUCUUUCCCGAAAGGUUGCCGCCCGGAAAUGAGCUCCCGGGCAUCGACGUCUUCGUCUGCACGGCGGAUCCUAAGAGGGAGCCAGCUCUGGGAGUGAUGAACACGGUUUUAUCAGUCAUGGCUCUUGACUACCCACCGGAGAAGCUUUCCGUUUAUCUCUCCGAUGACGCCGGAGCUUCCGCCACGAGGCGCUCCCUGCGGGAGACGUGGUGGUUCGCUCGGACUUGGGUUCGGUUCUGCAGGGAGUUUCGCGUGAGAAGCACGUGCCCGGAGGCCUUCCUUUCCGAUCCGCUUGCUGGCACUGACGCCGGCGCUGAGUUCUUAGAAGAAACAGAAAGAAUUAAGAGCGAAUAUGAGAAAUUCAAGGAGCAGUUGAGAGUCAUUGGAGAGUCAAAGGAAAUGGAUAUGAAUGCUCAAAAUCACUCUUCCUCAGUUGAGAUAAUAGGUGAAGGCAGCUUUGACGCAGCAAAUGGAAGCAAAGAUGACAUGCCCCUUGUUGUGUACGUUUCCCGUGAGAAAAGACCUCUACACUCUCAUCAUUUCAAAGCCGGAGCUCUCAAUGUUCUGCUCCGAGUGUCUGGAAUGCUGAGCAACUCUCCUUAUAUAUUGGUGUUAGAUUGUGACAUGUACUCUAAUGACCCUUCGUCAGCUCGUCAAGCUAUGUGUUUCCAUCUUGAUCCUGCCAUCUCUUCUUCAUUAGCCUUUGUCCAAUUUCCUCAGAAGUUUCACAAUCUUAGCAGCAAUGACAUCUAUACUUCGGCCUUGGCCUCCAUUUUUGAGGUCAAGUGGAGAGGCAUGGAUGGGCUUAGAGGGCCAAUCAUGUCUGGUACAUGCUUUUACAUUAAGAGGAGAGCAUUAUACAAUGGGGCUAAUAUAAUAAAAAAGGGUAUGGACAUUUCUGAUCUCAAAGACUGUUUUGGUCAUUCAAAUGAGUUCACGAGUUCACUUACCAGAAGCAGCCACAGAAAUAGCGUAAGAGGUAACACAGAGUGGACGAAUACACUGCUCAAAGAGACACAUUUUGUAGCCUCUUGUGGAUAUGAGAAAGAUGCACAAUGGGGCAAAGAUAUCGGUUUUAUGUAUAACUCAGUGGUGGAGGAUUACUCAACAGGGUUUAUGUUGCACUGUAGAGGGUGGAUCUCAGUGUUUUGCAACCCGAACCGGGCAGCAUUCUUGGGUAGCACCACAACAAACUUGAAUGACACAUUGAUCCAGGGCACAAGGUGGAAUUCUGGCUUGCUGGAUUGCUUCCUUUCAAGAUUCUGCCCUCUUAUUUAUGGAUUACCAAGACUACCCCUACUUGAGUGUUUAUGCUACACGCAUUUGGCAUCUCAGCCUCUCUACUGCUUACCGGCUUGGUGUUUAGCCACUGUGCCUCAGAUCUGUCUCUUAAUUGGCCUCCCAAUAUACCCCAAGGCUUCAAGUCCAUGGUUUAUCAUAUAUUCAUUUGCUUUUAUCUCUCCCUUGGCGAAGUACUUGUGGGACGUUCUCAUCACCGGGGGAACUAUCCAAACAUGGUGGAAUGAAUGGCGAAUGUGGAUGAUCAAGUCCAUAACUGCCUAUUUUUAUGGCAGCCUAGAUGCUAUCCUCAAGCUGUGUGGAAUCAGAAAAGCCAACUUCAUACCAACAUGCAAAGUUGUUGAUGAUGAACAAAUGAGAAGGUACCGAGACGGCAUAUUUGAUUUCCAGGCAUCAUCAUCCCUCUUUCUUGUCCCUUUAGUAGCCUUAGUCAUACUAAACAUGGUGUCCUUAACCUGGGGAAUUGCAAAGUUGAUCGUGGUUGGAGGAUGGAAUGAAUUCUCCGGCCAAAUUUUCCUUUCCUUCUUCAUCUUGCUAGUGAACUAUCCCUUAGUUGAAGGGAUGACGUUUAGGAAGGACAAAGGAGGGAUUUCACUUCACAUGACAUUGUUGUCGGCCUUAUAUGCUUUAGUUUUUGUGAUAUUUAGCGUUGCCUUUUGUUAUGUAUAUUAAUAUAUGUUGGCAAUUUAUUGACAAAUAUAGCUCAAGUGUUCAACAUAGUCCUUGGAGCUUUAUCUUAAGUAGGUGCAGUAAAUUUUAAAUUAUUGAAGAUAAUGUUAAAGGUAUAUUAAAUUAUUAUUAUUACUCUAUAUUAAAGUUA